AUGGAUGCCGGCCGCCAGAUCACAAUCCUGCAUCUGAGCUUGCUUUCGUCCACACCCCUUCUCCCUUCUGCCCCUAAAAUAUCCACUUUUUUUUUCUUCUUCGCCCUCCCUCCCUCCCUCUCUCUUUUUUUUAAUCUUCUCUUGUGCUACCCAUCUGGUAUUUUUUUUAGGGAGAGACAGAAAGCCAACACUAAAGAGCCAGCAGAGAAAGGCAAGCAGGCGAGCCGGCAAACCCACCCAGAAGAUAGGGGAGUGACAUACCGUCAGACAGAGAGAACCAGAAUCUCCGCGGUACCGCCCAAAACGAACAAGCCGAACAACCUCUUUUUUUAUUACGCUUCCUUACAUAUCGAAACCUCUCCAUCUCUUGGAGCAUAUGACCCACAGGAAGGCAUCCACCCAGCAUCCAACCGCCAAAUAGACUCGCUUCUGCAUCUCACGUUCGAUGAAUCGCGAUCUACAUAUACAUGCACUUCUCGCACGCCUGCGCUGCGCACUGUUAUCAAGCAGCAUCUCACCAUCUUCAUCUCGAGCUUGACUCCCCCUGGCAAUCCUAUUGAAGUGAGAGCCGGGCUGUUAAACCCCACUCUGCAGCUUCGCUAA